AUGGCGCAACCAUCUCGCCCAGCGUCAGGCCAGAAUACGGAUCGUCCAACCUCGGCAGCGCCUCCACGAAGCGCCCCUCCAGAAAUUGAACAGUUCAAUGCCUCACCAGCGAUAAAUGGCCCAAUCAGCAUUCUUGACCAGUCACCGCAAUCGAUUAUCGAGGGAAUUCUGGGCCCAAACAAAGAUGGACGAGUAAGAAACCCCGUUCCGAGCAAACUGAAAGGCAAGACGGACCAGAAGCAAGGCAAUUUUGGAGUCAUGUCCAUGGGCCAGAACACUGGAGCGAAGAAGAACGAGUCUGUAGGUAGAGAUGCUGCCGCAGAACGGGAUGCCGCUGCCAGGAGAACAAGUGAGAAUACCGCGUCAAGGGCUAAGGCAGCUCAACAGGAGAAAUAUGUCGCGCCAAAGAAGAGAGGACUCGAUGCCACUUUGAACGAGGCCACCCGGGGCACAAAUCGCGGAUCCCCUUUCGCCAGAGACGAUAAACGACAAGCAAGGCCACUAGCCCCAGACGAGACCAAAAUGGAACAGGCGCGACUUUUGACGCUGCUACGGAGUAUCAAUCCAAUUACGGUUGUGGAUCAGAUAUGUAAAGCAGUAGCCUAUUUUGGUGGGAUUCCGGGGGCACCUCCGCCAGAGGACGGCAUCUUUCCAGAAAGCGCGAAUACAAGAGAAACGGGUGCGUUGUUCAUCGGAUGGCUUGCCGAGAUCUUUCCCGAUCUAUCGUCGAAGAGCCCCGAUAUCAUGAAGAUUGCAGAUGGAGGAAAAAAGAAAAGUCGCACAUCCAAAGGUCACCAAGCGACACUAUCAAGUGGCGGUCCGGUAGUUUCGGCUGAGCAGCCAAAUUCAAUGAAUGGAUAUGGUUAUGGACCAGCGGUGUCUGCUCCCGCAUGGGGAUUACCUCAAAACUUGGCUGAAGUCAACCCACAGGCCCCUAGUGUUCCGGAUACAAGUGCUCUCAAAAAUGGUGGCACUGAGCAUAUCAAACAAUCUGAGCAGCAGCAGGCUCCACUGACUCCUGCUCAGCCAAUACCAGCCGAAGCUUCACAUAGUAAUGUAUCCGCGAGUGCGUCUAAGAGAAGGGGACGAGGAAGGCCCAAGGGUUCUACCAAUAAGAAAUCAAAAGAUGGCCAGCCUGAGGCCUCUGGUCAAGAUCAAAUGCAGGAUGGGCAGCAGCAAACAUCUGAUUCUCAUCAAACGGUUCAAGCCCAAGAUCUGGCUGGCGCGGCAAUAAAUGUGUUGCAGUCUGGACAAUCAGACCAGACGAAUUAUCACCCCGCAAUCAUUCCACAAGCGAAGCCAGCCCAAGUUCCCCAAUACUCUGAUCAAUCAUGGCAGAACAAUACGCAAAAAAAUCAUAGUGGUCAGUCAACAGCCCCAGUGCAAGACGAAUUAAGCCCGGAAGAGCGUGCCGUACUGGAAGCUUUCAGAGGGCAGGGAGUCGAGAGCACGAUGGACAUGGUUAUCAACAAUACUGCUCCAGUACCUUCUCCCAUAUUGCCUCCAAAAAAGACCCAAGCGGAGGGUGGAGUCAAACGAAAGCGUGCACCUGCAAAACCUAAGCCGGUUCAAACAGUUCCUGAUAGCACUGCUUCAUCGGGGUAUCCUUCGCAGAACAGCCCACAGGUUCACAAUCAACCACAACAGCAGAUUCAGCAGACUCAACAGCAAAUCCAAGAGCAGCCGCCACAACCGCAUCAGCUGUAUCAGCAAGCGCAACAACAUGAGCAGCAAGUUCAGCAACAAUAUACGCCUCAAAUUCAGCCGGCUGAGCAGAUGCAACAAACCCAGAUUACCCACAAAAUGCCAAACUCUGCUUCACUGGCAGCCAUCAGUAACAACGACAUUACGAACAUGGCGAAGGAUGCAAUUCAGUGGGCUUCAAUUGAAACUCCUAUCCCCCCUCCCGCAAAAAAGCAGCGUCAGCGAAAACCCAAAGUGCCGGCUACGAAACCGAUUGAGCCUCCAUCCCGAACUCAGUCUGCUUCAGUAGUGAGUGCUGUUACACCAACAAUACCCCCAAGCACUAUUCCGGAUUCCCAGGCCACAUCCUCUCUGUCCCAGGCCGCCUCAUCUCAACAGAAUGUACCCGCUUCUCGACCUCCUGCAGAAGGUUUAGAAGCUCAUUACGAGAUGUUUGCAAGUUUGACACAACAAAAUGGUCGCAGCCACACUCCAACUAUGCCUCAACAGCAGCAAAACCAGCAACAACACGUACGUCAGCAAUCGAAACCUUCGAUAGUUCCCCCACAGCAGGCAACGGCUAUAAUAUCCCAAAUGCAACACCAAAAGUCACAACAAGGAAACCAGCAGACUGUACAACGUAGCGAGCAGAAAACCUCUCAGGACAACGUAUCGAGACCCUCUCCUGUGUCAUACUAUGGUCAGCGAAGUCAAAACCCUGCUUCUUACAACCAACAAUAUCCCUCUCAUCAAGCAUCUCAACUAUAUGGCAGCACUCAAUCUGCUUCUCCUCGGCUAGGUAACAGCAAUAGCUAUAGAACCACCAGUUCACAUACCUUGGCCCAGAGUGGGAUGACUCAAAACUCCAUGGCCCAGUCUCCUCAAUUUUCACAAGCCGAGACAUACAGAACUACAAGCCCCCAUAUAGCUCAGCCAUCUCCUUCCUUUUCUCAACCCGAGUCCAACUAUCGUACCACAAACCAAAACAGCCUUGCUCAAGCAUCCCCGUCUUUCACACAAACUGAAAACCCAUACAGGACCCCCAGUACACACUCUAUGGCACGAACAUCUUCCUAUUCCUCUUCAAGAUCACAUGUCCAGGCGCCAUCCACUCAACAAUCUCAGAGCCAAAAUCACUAUGGUCAAUUCUCAGAUGCCCCAUACAUUGAUUUACCAACUCUCGAGUCUCUUGGGCAUAGUGGUAGUAGCAGUACUGCUACUCUAGGCUACGGACCAGCGGGGUUAAAUGUUGGACUAGGUGGUACCAACGCAAACUCAACUUCGCACUCUCGAUCUUCUGUGGGUAGCGCUAGCUUAUACGGUACGAGCACCAACGGUCUCAGCGCCUUUGACCAAAGUGCCCAGGAUCUGUUGCGUGUCUCAAGAGGGACAAAUAGUUCUGGACAUACAAAUCCACAUGCUCAUUCUGGCUAUGGUGGGACCAAUAGCGGUAUGAGUAACACAUUCGAUAACGACGACAUGCGAGAGCGCCUGUUGAGAGGAAUGACCCGGCGAUGA